UCUCUUUCCCGCGAGUGAGACGCUCUCGCGCCGUGGUGAAGCUGUGUGCUUGUUGAUGCGAGGAGGCACACGCUAUUGCUAGUUUAUUCUGUUUAAAUAUAACAACAGCUGCUUUUUGAGUCGCAAUCAUGGCGAAACAAAGCUCUCUUUUCAGCUUUUUCUCCAAGUCUCCGCCACCGGUCUCCAAGCCGAAGCCGAAGCCGAGUCCUUCUCCGGCCGAGGCAGACCUGCCUUCCUCGGUGGAGAAGUCCAACUCUUCUCCGAAAGAGGAAGCGAAACAGACACAGCAACAAUUAAAGCAACAAAAACCGACCAAGAGUAACAAAGUCAAAUCAAAAACGGACUGCAAGUCCGCAAAAGGAGGGUUUAAGAAACUAUUUGGUGACAUGGCCGCUACAACCAAAGAAAGCAGCUCCACGCUCCCAUUCAGUGCUGGCGCCCUAGUGUGGGCAAAACUGGAGGGACACCCCUGGUGGCCAUGCAUGGUGGUGCCCCAACCUCUGACUGGACAGCAGAUGAGGGGUCGUGGUCGAGCCCAACGCAUACAUGUCCAUUUCUUUGAUGAACCUCCGACAAGAGGAUGGGUUAGCACUAAAUAUAUCAGAGAAUAUCUAGGCUCGGACAGCAGUGAUGCUAAAACCGGAGGGGUGUUCUUUAGUGGCAAGCCUGUUAUACGGCAUGCAAUGGAACUUGCUGAUGGAGUCAUGUUUGACAGUCCUGAGAAAAGAUUAAAGAUGCCCCUCUGUACAGAUGCAUCAGAUGAGGAGGAGGAGGAUGAAGAAAUGGAGCUUGACAAGUCAGGUGUAACUGAUGAAGAGAUCAGUGAUGACGAUGACGAGAAACCUGUGGAAGUGAAACCAUCUAAAGUCAGUCGCCGCUCAGCCCGUGCUUCAACAGAAAAGAGCAACCAGGCUAAGCGGCGUCGCAUUGUUGUUGCCUCAGACAGUGACGACUCGGGUGAGGAAUUCAAACCAGAACAUGCUGCGUCAAGUAGCGAAGAUGAAGAGGAGGAAGGAACUGUGAGUAGUGAGGAGGAGGAGGAAGAGGAGAGCACACAAGAGUCAGAAGCUGAAAGCCCCAUCAAGCCUGUGAAGCGCAAACGUCCCGCAGAAAAGUCUCCUAAUGUAAAAUCCAAAGCAUCCACAACCCCAUCUGUCUCUGCACCUAAACGAGCUCCAGCAGCUCCAGCACCUCUUGCAGCUGACACAAAGUCACGUUUGUCAGCCUUCUCUGCACCUGACAGCUUUGAGAGCCAGGCAAAUGGUUCAGGCACCAGUGGAGGCGCAACCGUUUGGGACCAUGACAAACUGGAGUGGUUGCACGAUGGGAGGAGAAAAGACAGUCGAAGGCGACGACAAUCGGAGGAUGACUAUGAUCCUACCACCCUGUAUGUCCCUGAAGACUUUCUAAACAGAGUCACGCCUGGCAUGCGUCGGUGGUGGCAGCUGAAAUCCGAUAUGUUUGAUACAGUGAUCUUCUACAAGGUGGGGAAGUUUUAUGAGCUCUACCAUAUGGAUGCUGUGGUUGGAGUCAACGAGCUGGGCCUGACAUUCAUGAAGGGGACCUGGGCACACUCGGGCUUUCCAGAGAUUGGCUUUGGGCGCUUCUCGGAUGUACUGGUCCAGAAAGGAUAUAAGGUUGCUCGAGUGGAGCAGACGGAAACCCCAGAUAUGAUGGAAGCACGCUGUAAGUCCAUGGCUAAGCCCACAAAAUUUGACCGUGUGGUGAAAAGAGAGGUCUGUCGCAUUAUCACACGUGGCACUCAAACCUACAGUGUUUUGGACGGUGCUCCUUCAGAGAGUCAGAGUAAGUUCCUCUUGAGUUUUAAGGAGAAGGCAGAAGAGGAAAGCUCUGGUCAUUGCCGCACUUAUGGAGUCUGCUUUGUGGACACCUCAGUGGGUUAUUUUCAUGUAGGUCAGUUCCCAGAUGAUCGUCACUGCUCACGUCUGCGCACCCUGAUAGCACACUUUUCCCCAGUGGAGGUGCUCUUUGAGAAGGGAAACCCAUCUGUUGAAACACGUAAAAUACUCAAGGCCUCGCUGUCCUCUGCCCUGCAGGAAGGACUUAAUGCAGGAACGCAAUUCUGGGAUGCCCAGAAGACACUAAAAACCUUCUCAGAGGAAGAGUAUUUCAAAGAAAGCAAGGAAAUGGAGACUGGGAACAAUGUUCUUCCUCCUCUUCUAAAGAAGAUGACGUCUGAGAGUGAUUCCCUGUGCCUUACUCCUAAGGAAGGUUAUGAACUGGCGCUGUCAGCACUGGGUGGAUGUAUGUUUUACCUGAAAAAAUGUCUGGUAGACCUUGAGCUGCUCUCCAUGGCUAACUUUGAAGAAUAUGUCCCAGUUGAUGUUGAGAUGGAGAGAGCCGCUGGACCUGCCAGUUUCUUUUCCCAGACUUCUCAGCGAAUGGUCCUUGAUGGGGUGACUUUAGCAAACUUGGAAAUCUUUCAGAAUGGUUCAGGAGGCACAGAGGGGACACUCAUGGAGCGUUUGGACACAUGCUCCACCCCUUUUGGAAAGAGGUUGUUGAAGCAGUGGCUCUGUGCUCCUCUGUGUAAUCCCACAUCCAUAAAGGAUAGACUGGAUGCAGUUGAGGACCUGAUGGGAGCUCAGGCUCAGGCUACAGAGGUGUCAGACCUGCUGAAGAAACUCCCGGAUCUGGAACGUCUCCUGAGUAAAAUCCACAGCAUUGGCACCCCGAAGGGUCAGGACCACCCUGACAGCAGAGCGGUUCUCUAUGAGGAGGUCACUUACAGCAAGCGCAAGAUAGCUGAUUUCCUCUCUGCACUGGAAGGUUUCAAAACUAUGCAGGAUAUUAUUUCUAUUCUUGCUCCAGUUUCAGGUGAAUUUUGUUCCACGCUGCUCCGUCAAGUUGUGACUGUUAAAAGUGAAAAAGAUGGCCUCUUUCCUGACCUCUCUGCUGAGCUCAAGCGCUGGGACACAUCUUUUGACCAUCAGAAAGCCCGCACUACUGGUGUCAUAACCCCAAAGACUGGCUUUGAUCCUGAGUUCGACCAGGCUCUGGCUGAGAUCAAGAACUGUGAAAGAGAGUUGCAGGAAUACCUGGACAGACAGAAGAAGAGGCUCGGCUGUAGAAACAUGUCCUACUGGGGAACAGGACGAAACCGCUACCAGAUGGAGGUGCCGGAUAGCAUCUCGGAGAGGAAUAUUCCAGAAGAGUACGAGGUGAAAUCAACAAAGAAGGGCUGGAAGCGCUAUGUAACACGGGAGACUGAACGGCUGUUCUCAGAGCUGCAGGGAUUUGAGGAGAAGAGAGACGCUGCCCUGAAAGACUGCAUGAGGAGGCUCUUCUACAACUUUGACAGAAACUACAGAGAGUGGCAGACUAGUGUGGAGUGCAUGGCAGUGCUGGAUGUAUUGCUGGCCUUGUCCCGCUACAGUCAGGGUGGGGACGGACCAAUGGGGAGGCCACAGGUGGUGCUUCCCGGCGCUGAUGACCACGAAGCUCCCUUCAUUGACCUUGUUGGAUCCCGCCAUCCCUGUGUCACCAAGACCUUCUUUGGUGAUGACUUCAUCCCCAAUGACAUCUGCAUUGGCUGUCGUGGUAGUGGUGAAACUGAAGAGGAGAAAGGUGGCGCCUUGUGUGUUCUUGUCACAGGGCCUAACAUGGGUGGAAAGUCCACUCUCAUGAGACAGUGUGGACUUGUGAUCAUCCUAGCUCAGCUGGGUUGCCAUGUUCCCGCUGAGAGCCUGCGCUUCACACCAGUUGACAGAGUCUUCACCCGCCUGGGAGCCUCAGACAACAUUAUGGCCGGAGAAAGUACUUUCUUUGUGGAGCUAAGCGAGACUGCCAGCAUCCUGCACCAUGCCACCAACCACUCACUUGUGCUCCUGGAUGAAUUAGGAAGGGGCACAGCCACAUAUGAUGGCACAGCGAUUGCCAGUGCUGUUGUGAAGGAGCUUGCUGAGAAGAUCUGCUGUCGUACCCUGUUCUCGACACAUUACCACUCCCUGGUGGAGGACUACACCAACAACCCUGCUGUGCGGUUGGGCCACAUGGCUUGCAUGGUAGAGAAUGAAUGUGAGGACCCGAGUCAAGAAACCAUCACAUUCCUCUACAAGUUCAUCUCUGGCGCUUGUCCAAAGAGCUAUGGCUUCAACGCCGCUCGACUUGCCAGCCUGCCAGAGGUGGUCAUCCAAUCAGGACACAGGAAGGCCAGAGAGUUUGAGAAGAGCACCAUCAACCUCCGGCUAUUUAAGAAGCUCUGCCAGUUUGCUGAAGACGCCACACAAGGCAACACACACUUUAUUUCACUUGUUCAGGUGCUCAACAACCUGUAAUUUCUAAAAUAUG